AUUGGUUGAUUUUCAUGACCGGCGUAUUGGACACCUGAAAGGAAUGUGGCUUUAUAACUUCUUCAUCUGCAUGGCAUCAGGUACACUUGAAAGCUUCGAUGCCUACUCCGAACUGUCUUCUGUGCCUUUGCUGCACGUGGCCAUGGUAAGCACAGCUCGAAGGAGGCGUACUGUUCUAUGUCCUCUCCAACGAGAAUGCUAUAUAGUCUGUCUCGUCAAUGUACCGUAAGCCUCACGGACACCCAUGGAUGCUUAUUAUUCUCGCACACAGCCUACGAGGGCCGCAGAAUAUAACUUAUGCUGCAACCAUGCCUACAUCCCGCAAGCACUGCAUUCGGUGCCAUAAAGAUUUCUCAGUCAAUUACCCCUCGGCUUGCGUCGUACCCCACGUGUUUGACUCCCGCUGUGAUCCACUUCGUCUUUACAGUGGAGAAUUCCAAUGGAUGUCGGAGUGUUGCGGAGGUUAUGGUACUGUGACGGAGGAAGAACCUGGGAGUGGUACCUUCCGCAUGAUGGAACUCACUGCCUGUUAUCGUGGUCCCCACACGGUGCACACGGAUGUUGUUCGACUCCAAUACAAUGGUGUGAGCAUCCUCAGAUGCAAACACAACGGAUCAGGGAAAUGCAUCCGAAACCACUUGACGCAGAGAAACAGACCUGUUUUUGAGAAGGAGGUGGCGUAUUUCGACGGUGAUGAACAAGACCGUCACCAUGAUGGAUAGAGGCAGAUUGUGUACCAUUUGGC